CAAUCUGGACGUCUUUCCCGUCGGUCUGCAAACCAUGGAGAUCCUCGGCCUCUGGGGUGAACCCAGAAAAGUUAUCCGUUUCGGCUGCGUCGCCUUCUGGAUGACCUUCAUGAUCAUCGCUCCGAAAACCUGCCUGGAGUACGGAGGCGAGGGAUUCGAUUCGUUCGCCCGAGGAACCGCCGAGCUAAUCUACUUUACCGACUUCAUCUCGUCGAUGGUUCUGUUUGCCUUUCGACGCAAGUCCUACGUCCGGAUGAUCACCAUACUGCAGGACACGUUCCGAAAGUUUGCACAUCCGAGUCAGCCUGCGAGCUGCCAGCAUGCAGUUACCAACUUCAACGAGCGGAUCUUUAGGUAUUCUCGAAUCUACGCCUGCUUCAUAGGAAGCUGCUUGAUCUUCUACGUUCCACUACCGAUGACGGCAACCUUCGUGAACUACUUUUCCGCUGCCAAUGGGACCGAGCCGGAUGACUUCGUUUUGCCGCUGGAGAAUAAGUUCUAUGGGUUGGACACCCGACGCAACAUGGUGCACUAUAUCAUCUACAUGAUGAUGCUGACGCCGGCCGUCAUCGGCUCGGCUUGUCUCAGCAUCGUCAAGGGAACCGUACUCUUCACGAUCAUCCGUUACGGCGCGACCCUGUUCGAGUUGGUAUCACUCAAAAUUGCAGAUCUUGGUAAUCCGACCAACUUCCGAGAUCAAGAUAACGUCCAGGAGCAGCAGCGGCAACGGCGCGAUCAACUGCUGGAGAUUAUCGAACUGCACCAGACGGCACUGGAAUUUGCCGAUCUGCUGGAGAACACGAUGCAGCACAUCUUACUAUCGCAAUUUGUCAACUGUCUGCUCAUCUCGUGUCUGAUGAUGUUCUACAUCUCUAGUACGUACGGACCGAAUGUCGUCAAUAUGGUAAUCUUGUUCACCGUCCUCAUGGUGGAAGUGUUUGCGUACUGUUUCAAUGGGGAUGAACUGAGUGAAAAAGCGGCAGAAGUGGCCAAAACGAUCUACAGCUAUCCCUGGUACAUGGAACCCGUGGCCGUUCAGAAGGAGAUUCAGCUGAUGAUUUUGCGUUCGCAGAAGAAGAUUGGCAUCACGGCGGCAAAGUUCUACUUUGUAGAUAUCGGUCGAUUCGGAAUGGUGGUACAGGCUUCGUACUCGUACUAUUUGAUUCUGAAGGAGAGAUUUUAAA